AUGGCGGCCAAUGACGCGCUGCCAGCUGUCCUGGUGGUGAACGACGAUGGGAUCGAGGCUCCGGGAAUCAAGGCGCUCGUGGCGGUGCUCGGCUCGGCUGGCUUCUGCCGCGUCUUCGUCUGCGCGCCCGACGUGGAGAGGUCAGCGUGUGCGCAGUCCAUCACCAUCCGGGAGACGCUCGAGGCGAAUCUGGUGGAGGACUAUGAGGGCGCUGCUGUGGCAUACUCGCUCACAGGCACACCGGCAGACUGUGCGUCUAUGGGGCUUUCUGGCCAGCUCUUCAAGGGCAUCAAGCCCCUCCUGGUCAUCAGCGGCAUCAACAAGGGCGCCAACACAGGCCGCCAAGUCAUCUAUUCCGGCACGGUGGCGGGCGCAAGGGAGGCCGUAAUUCAGGGCGCUCCAGGCAUCUCCAUCUCCCUCGACUGGGCCGCUGCAAGCACUGACGCCCACUUUUCUCCCGCCGCUGCCACGUGUCUGCCUCUCAUUCGCUGCGUUCUCGAGGCAGCAACCUCUGGUCAGCUAUCCAGCAGCGGAGGGGACCCGCUGCUGCUGAACGUGAACGUGCCGCUUGACCCCGUCAAGUCCAAGGGCUUCAAGCUCGCCCAGCAAGGCCAGGCAAGGGUGGCCUUCCCCUGGACGCACAUCGCCAAGAAGCGCACCGGAGUGCAGCUGGCAGGCAUGGGGGGAGCGGCGGCAGGGGGCAGGGGACUUCCGGGCAUGAUGGGGGGCAGGGGCCUGCCGGGCAUGAUGGGAGGGAGGGGGCUGCCGGGAAUGGUGGGAGGGAGGGGCCUCCCGGGCAUGACUGGGCCUCCUGCGGUUUCUCUGGCUGAAAUCGGAUCGGUUGCCUCUGCUGCUGUGAGUGCUCAUCUCUUUCCUUCUUACGAGGUGACUUCCCAGCCUUACUGUCAAGCAACCCCAAAAGCUCAUCCCUCUCAACCCCACGCACCCCUCUCAACCCCGCGCGCCCCUCUCACCCCUGUGAACCCAUCACAACCCCACGCACCCCUCUCAACCCCGCGCGCCCCUCUCACCCCUGUGAACCCAUCACAACCCGACGCACCCCUCUCACCCCCACGCCACUCGCUCUCCCUCCCACAGGGCACAGCACAGUCCAGAGUCCUGGCCGGCGCAGCGCGGUCCAAGACUCCUGGCGAGGAGAGCAAGGAGGAUGGCGGAGAUGAGCCGUGGCAGCCGCUGCAUAAGAUGCACUUCCGGCACGAGCCGAGUGGGUGGGAUGUGCUUGACAAGGACCCCGCUUUUGACUCCGCUGCUCUCGCACUUGGCUAUGUGAGUGGUGAUGGGUGUGAUGCGGUUGAGAGUGAUGUUGGGUGUGUGAGUGGUGAUGGGGGUGUGAGUGGUGAUGGGGGUGUGAGUGGUGAUUAUCACCUGCUCUUUCUAUUCUCGCCUCUCUCCUCUCUCCUUUCCCAUGCCUCCUUCCUCUCACUUGCCGUGCCAUCCAUCGACAGUCACUCCGUUCGCCGUUUUUUAGGUGCCUUUGAACUCCUCUCUGCCCUUGCUUAUACCGUGCCACCCAUGGUGCAGGUGACACUCACGCCGCUCGCCAUCACUGCUGCCAUCGACAUCCACUCACGGCUCAAGGAGGACCUGGCGUGGCUCGCGCCGCUGCUGCCCCACGAUGCCUAA